CAAGCAUCCUUGAUCUAAUGUAAAGCUUCACAUAGAUAAGGUUGAUCUAGCUUUAAGAAGUGACCAGCAUGCUGAAUGGAUCCCAGACUGGGUCGAACAUGACAUCUCUUAGUGAGAAUCAGGAACUAUUGAAAACGAUUAUAGUUGCAACUCUGUCUACGGUUCCAUCUGUUAUUUUUCUCUACAUUAAUGGGACUAUUCUGUUCACUCUCCGGAGUAAAGCUGUAUUUCGUGACACAAGUCGGUACAUUCUUCUCUACAACCUCCUUCUGACAGACACUCUUCAGCUGGCACAGAGUCAGCUGCAUUUUUUGCUUUCUAAUUGCAAAGUAAAAAUGGCAUAUUCAAUCUGUAUUUUCCUGAAUUUCCUUGCCAGUCUCACAACUGGAAUUUCUCCGCUAACACUGGUGGUAAUGCCUUUAGAGAGAUAUGUGGCUGUGUGCUUCCCACUGAGGCACUCCUCUAUCAUCACCAUCAGAAAUACAAACGUGGUAAUCAUGGCAAUCUGGGCAGUCAGCUCCUUAAACAAUCUCACUCGUGUUUUUUGGUUCCUAAAAUCUUCAUCAGAAAAAAAUGAGAUUUGGAAGCUUAAAGACCUUUGUUCUACAGUGUCUUUGAUUCUUGGGGCUUUAACUAACGAAUAUGACAGAGCCUAUACCUGUGUUGUGUUUGUUUCAGCUGGUGUUGCUGCAACUUUCUCCUAUGUUGGUGUCAUUAAAGCAGCCAGAUCAGCCUCCACAAAUAAAGCUUUGGCAAAUAAGGCCCGUCACACCCUGCUGCUUAAUUUAAUUCAACUUGGGCUGAGUCUUUCCUCAACUAUUUACACCCCACUUAUCAUUGGUCUUUCCAAAAUUUUAACAAGGCUGGCAUUUUUAUGGGUUUGGAAUGUUUUGUAUGUUUUUUUUAUAAUCUUCCCUAGAUGUUUGAGCUCUCUCAUCUAUGGGCUCAGAGAUCAGACCAUCAGACCUGUACUGCUGUAUUACCUAUGUUGUCCUCUUAGAGUUGAAGUCACUGACUAAGUCUUUCUUUCUCCCUUCUGAAAAAUGGCUAUACGGUGUCCAGAGUCAAUUUGGAAACUUGGUUUGCUUUGACCAAAGGGAAAAAAAUGGGUACAGUUCUCUCAAUACAUAUGUUGUCAUGAAGAAAUUAAGUUUAAAACUAGGAUUAAAAUUGAUAGGCAGUAAAAAAGCAUAAUAGUUAGAUACUUUCAUUAAAACCUGCAUCUCAGAAUCGAAGCUUUGAG